ACGUCACGGUCGGCGUCUCAGCCAUCUUAGUUGUGGACAGAGAGGCGGCCGCGUCCCAAGUGCGGUGUGGGUGCGACUUUCUGAAUGCUUAGGCUCGGCGGCGGGGUGCCCUUGCUGGGCCUGGCUGUAGCUGCAGCCGCAGUUGUGGCGGCACGGCUGAUGGGCUGGUGGGGUCUCCGCGCUGGCUUUCGUCUUUUCAUACCUGAGGAGCUGGCUCGCUACCGCGGCGGCCCAGGGGACCCCGGCCUCUACUUGGCGUUGCUCGGCCGCGUCUACGAUGUGUCCUCCGGCCGGAGGCACUACGAGCCUGGGGCCCACUAUAGCGGCUUCGCAGGUCGAGAUGCAUCCAGAGCAUUUGUGACUGGGGAUUACUCUGAAGGAGGCCUUGUGGAUAAUGUGUCUGGCUUGACAUUCUCUGAGAUGCUGAUACUUCAACAUUGGCUUUCAUUCUAUGAGAAGAAUUAUGUGUUUGUUGGAAGGGUGAUAGGAAGGUUCUACGGAGAGGAUGGGCUGCCCACCCCAGAACUGGCCCAGGUAGAAGCCAUGAUCACCCAAGGCUUGGAGGCAAAUAAACGGGAACUGAAAGAGAAGCAGAAGUUUCCACCGUGCAAUGCUGAGUGGAGCUCAACCAGGGGCAGCCGGUUCUGGUGUUCCCAAAAGAGUGGAGGUGUGAGCAGAGACUGGAUUGGCGUCCCCAGGAAGCUGUAUAAGCCAGGUGCCAAGGAGCCCCACUGCGUGUGUGUGAGAACAACUGGCCCCCCCAGUGACCAGACAUCGGACAACCCUACACACAGAAAUCGUGGGGACUUGGAUCACCCACACUUGGGGGAAUACACAGGCUGCCCACCUCUAGCCAUCACCUGCUCCUUCCCACUCUGAGCUGGAGCUGUGUGUGUUGAUAGCACCCAGCCCUGCCUAGAACUCAAUAGGCCUUAGACACUUGUGUACCCUAAGAUGGCACCUGGCAUGAAACAGGAGGGUCUGGAAAAACACUGGCUGCGCAGGUGUAACUCGUCCCCCUCGUCAUGGGCUCACCGUUCUGGUGACUGAGGGGAGGUUCAGCAACCAGCCUAGUCCUGGUCAGCCCAUUUUUACCAGUUUUCCUAGAUCCACAUGCAACCUUCGGAGCCCUCAGAUAUUAGUGGGCACAAAUGUAGCCAACUCAAAAGUCCCUGAGCUCCAAGGCUUUACUCCCAUGGACUUCCAGGCUGCCUGCAUCUGCUGCCAACCUGAGUCCUGCCUAUCACUCCAACCCUGUUAGGGCAUCUGGAGCACUGGCAAAAAGGGACUGCAUCAUUCUCUACUGCUGAGCAGAAACAAGCAAAUGCAUUUUCCACAUAACUCUGUCUUGGAUUCCCUUCUACAAGUAGAGGCCUUCUUGUAAGUAAGGCCUCUACCCUAAGGCAGACCUGAAUUUCCAACCAAGAGCCCACUGAGUUGAUUACAGCUGGGCCAAUACGGUAAGAGAUGAUAAUAGGAUAGGCUAAUUCUGGAAAUGGAAAAGCUCUUGCUUUUAUGGAUGCAGCAAAUCCAGAUGUUUCUGAAUGAGACAAAAAUGUAAAGUAAAGACAUUUUCUCUCAUUUGAAGACAAAAUCAGGCGUGGGUAUUUUCAAAAAGAGAAGUCUACAUUUUGAACAAAAGGUGGUUUCGCAGCUCUAACAAGGUAACUGAUUAGCAUCACGUCAAAGUUUGGGCAAGGAGGCAAACUUAAGAUGGCUGGGCUUGCAACUUGUCCAGUUUGUAUGUCCAAGGUCAUCAAGAAUCUCCUACAGUGGCAAAUGUUAUACCCGUUAGUUCUUGACUUGACUUGUGAAGUAGAUGGGAACAGGAGUGUUCUACUUCACAGACAAGGAAGUGAAGACUGGCGCCCUUCUAGAGCCAUGGCCUCGCCUCAUCCGAGCCUUCACCUCAGCUUCUUCUCCCACUCUCCUCAACUCUCGUUCUAGAUAUCCCGUCCUUCCUCCUUUCUCUCUCUCCUUUUUCUCCUCCAUCAGAUUUCACUCAAUAGCUGUCCAGUUUCACUGGUAGAAAAUGGAGGCUGCAUCCCUUCACCGGCUGACUCGUGUCUCACUGCCCUCGUGGCCACAGUGUGGUGCUCACCUGGGCUGUGACUCGUGGCUCCUUUCGCCACCCCAGGCUCUUCCUCAGUUCCUGUCUCUAACCUCUCCCUGCCUCCUGGCUCUUCCUCCUAAGUACUCAUUAAACAGCUUGCCCCUCGGUUUUCCAUAGCUACCAUAUCUACAGGCUAGCACAGCCAAGCUUUUUGAAGAAACAGCUAUGUUCACUAGUUUUGCUUUUCAGCCCCCAUUCUCUGUGCAGCAUCCAGCUGCCUUCUUUACUCAACAGCAGGACUGUACUGGCCCAU